GAAUCCGGAGUCAAGGACAAAACUUUUCUUCUUGAAUGAGAACCGAUUUCAGAUGAUGGAAUUGAUUUUUACAGUUUAGGACUACAGUGAUCCUGAAACUCGAAAACAGCAGGAUCAUUAUGAUUGCUUAUCCGACAGAAACCAUGGAAUUAAACUCCCCAUAAAUAUCAUCUCAGUUUCAGUCUGCAAUGGCCACCCCCACCAGCAGCGGUAGCAGCAGUAUCUUCGAGAAAGCAGAAGUUACAAGCAGCGGUCGCCCAGUUCUCCUACGAAACGAAGUUGAAUGUCACCUGCUCUCUUCGGUGGACCUCGUCUCCGACGAAGAACCCCCUCUUUUUCCUCCUUAUAGAUCAGGGCUUCUCAUCCUCACCACCCACCGCCUCCUAUGGCUCCCGUCCCAUCCAAACACCUCCGCCGUCGCCAUUCCUCUAUCCGCUAUCUCCAACAUCUUGUCUGUCAAGAAAUCCCUCAAGUCCAUGUUUCAUUCCCCGCGGAUCCGCUUCCAGCUUUACAAUCGCCACACUAAUACGAUUGUUAUGUUGAUUCUGAGAGGGAAAGGCGAUUCCGAUGGAUUCUUGGGGAAGUUCUGGGAUAGUUGGAGGGGUAGGGCAUGGGAGGAGAAUCUGAGUGGAAGUUCGACUUCUGAGACUGGCUCCGGUUCGGUUUCCGGUUCAGGCGCGGGUUCGACUGGUGGUGGGUUGUACUCAAGUGAUGGGUCUGUGAGGAUGGUGGGGCUGGCAGGAAUACUCAGGAAAGAGCAGGAAAUGUGGGAGAGUACAGAUAAGAGCUUGCAGGAUGCUUUUCAGGACUUGAGUGCUCUCAUGAGUAAGGCUAAAGAGAUGGUGCUGCUAGCAGAGAAAAUGAGGCAAAAGCUUUUAUCUGGACCGAACUCUCAAACCGGCACAACAAAUGAUGAGGAAAUGGGUUCUAAGGAAGAGAUGCAAGAUUGGUUGUUAAGUGUUGGUAUUGUGUCUCCAGUUACAAAGGAAUCUGCUGGUGCACUGUAUCAUCAACAACUGUCCCGUCAGGUUCUCUUCUAUAUCCUUUCUCGUUACUAGUCUUUGUUUUAUUAUAUUGUGUUCUUUAUUAUUUUUGUUCUUUCCCCCUUAAAGUUCCUUUCAGGAGAAAAUGCAGUUGUGAUAUUUCCAUUUGGAGAAAAAUUUGACAGUCCAGUCAUGGUGCGGAAGUUUGAUAGUGGAGUCAUGGUCGUACAAAACAAGUCUAAUAGUGAUGAGGAGAUUUUCUCUAGAAUCAGAACCCUUGUGACAAAGCCCGAGACCCUUAGAACUGGAAUAAGUGCAAGUGAUGCUGCAAUGACACUAGGGAUUGCUCCAGCCAUGGCCAAGGAGCACCUACUCACUGCUGAGAGCAAAGGUUUACUAUGCAGAGAUAUAAGCCCUGAUGGAUUUCGUUUUUACAUCAACCUGUUUCCUGAGAUUGAUUUUGAUGACCUCUACUUACUGAAGGAUUAUGGGAUCUAUGGUAUGUGGGUCAAGUCUGCAUCAGCUUCUGUUUCUGGUUUCUGAAGAUUUCGUGGUGGAAUGCACAUACUCAUAAUUCAGACUAAGCUCUGGAACAAAUUUUGAAUGCCUACCACCAAUAAUGAUGGAUAUACUAGACGAACGCACACAAAAGGUUAUGCUCUAUUUUGAUUGAAUCUUCGCAAGUCGGAAUAAUCCAAUAACUUGCCUUUAAACAACAAAAUGGCUGAACAUGGUCGGAGGGCAUGCAGCAACAAUCUGCUUCAUGUUUCUUGUUGGGACAUAAAAAAGCAAUGAACCAUUACUGUUAAAAACCUGGAAAUCUAAUCGACAUGGUCGAGGUUGUCUGGAUGAUCAAUAAAAUUGUAUUGGGGUAAGACAUAAUUACAUAGUAAUUUAAUGUUUAGAGAUGGUGUAAAAAAACAAUGGUUGGAGCAUGCAUUUUGGUUGCGGAAGAGGAAAUAUGCAGUCUUCUAUUUAUGUCUA